AAGCGAGCUUCAUGGCGCAUGGCUAUAGCAGGCGGCUUCAGCGAUAAUCUGACUCGAGGCUGUUAAUAGAUCUGACAAAAGUCGGGUUUCAAGCCUAAAUUGCAUGUUACUAUAAUUUCUUCAAUGACAUGCAGACAGAGGAUCCGUGCAACUUCUAACAGACUUGCAGCCAUACGAGCCUGCUGAUUAUAUAGGAUAUUCAUCCUGGCUCUUGAGUAGGGAUGUUCUUACUCUCAGUCGGGUUCUUUGCUGUUCAAUCUUGCUAGUGCGCGUUCUUCUCCCCGGCACGUCCUCUUUGUUUAUUAUGUUGUCCUGAGUGUCAGCGUAGAUACCAAGGUCAUUUUCUUUGUUGCAUUCGCACUCAAUACACUCCUACAACCCAAUAAUCUCCACUCUUCUUCUCAUAUACGCGGUACUCAACUGCAUCUUGUCACCUCGACAUAGCACCUAGCUGGACUAGGUUUUCUAGCGAUCAAUACCCCAUUAUAAAUCACCAAUAUGCGGCCCUUCACCGUGCUCUUCGCCUUGCUGACAGCAACGGCCUACGCUGCUCCAGCUUUUUUCGACAACAUCUAUGACUACUCCGACGAGCUGGCAGAGUUCUACGGCAAAGUGAGCCAUUAUAUCGACGAUGCAAAGGAUGUCUUCACUGCAACAACAACGUGCGAUGCAUCCAAGAUAGCCUUACCGGCCUUUGCAUCCGGGUUGCCCUCUCCCGGCAACCAGAAGCCGCUGUAUGUCGCCGUUGGCCGCGGAACACAGAAUUACAGUUGCGCAACUUCAACCGCAGACUCGAAACCGGUGGCCAUAGGUGCCGUCGCAAGUCUGUACAACGCAACAUGCAUUGCAGCAAGCUACUCCGGCAUGAUAGACCUGCUCCCUAACAUCGCCUAUAAGCUGCAGCUACCCACCAACUCACCGGCGACUCUACCUUAUGCCAACCUCAAUCUUCUUGGUCAUCAUUUCUUCGAAGAUUCGGUCCCCGUUUUCAAUCUCGAUACAACUCCUCAACGACAGUACGGUAUAGCCUAUACAAAGAAGAAAGCCGACCUGGCUGCACCGUCUUCUGCAGUCCAAGGUGCCAAUGGUGCGGUUGCAUGGCUGUACCUGACGACCACAGAGGGCACAGUUGGGGAUUACGAGAGUGUCUAUCGGGUAGACACUGCCGGGGGAUCACCGCCGAAGACUUGCGAGAACCAGCAGUCAGUAAUUACAGUGCAGUAUGCAGCGAAUUACUAUUUCUUUGGGAAGUGAGGUGGCGCGAGGAUUUCUAUUGUUUUGGCUGUUGAAUCAUGUACAUACUCGUAUGUUUCCUGGCUAGGAUUCUUCUCACUUAUGAGAAUGAACUUGCGAGAUAAUCACGCUUGUGAGUAUUCCAUAAUGCGAGAUCUUGUAGCUCUCCC